AUAAAGAUUAAUUCCAGGCCUAAAUUAAAUUCAAAACAGAGAGGUCGGGAUUCCAAAACAAUUGAAAUUAAUACACCAGCAUAUUUUUAUUUUAUUCAAUUUUAUCCUACAAGUGAGCACCAGUGUAGCCGCGCUUGUGAAUGACUGCGUGAGAACCACAGAUGGGAUGUGGAACAAGCUCAACUGCGACAGUGAAAUCGAAUGCACGACCCGAUACUAAUCACAAACAGCAGCAAGUAGCUACAGGCGCCUCGACAAGUCGCCAAUCAACGCACGCAGAAGUCACACUUCCGCCCCAAACGACUGCAGACCCACCCGCUACACAGCCGCCUCAACCCAACGAGGAAACGAAUCAAUUAGCGUCUUCUCCGCUUCUUACCGUCGUACAUUUCAAUGACGCCUACUGCGUCGAUGAGCGAGAAAGCGAGCCUGUCGGAGGAGCUGCGCGCUUCGUGGCUGCAGUCAAGAGACUGAGCAAUAAGAAGCCUCUCGUUUUAUUCAGUGGCGGCGUUUUCUGUCCGUCCAUUUUGAGCAAUGUGACGAAAGGUAGACAUAUGGUGCCUGUUCUAAAUGAACUGGACGUUAAAGCAGCAGCUAUAGGAAACCAUGAUUUUGAUUUUGGGUUGGAUAAUUUGGUUGAACUGAUUGAAUCGACGAAUGCUGUUUGGUUGCUAAGCAACGUUACUGAUAAUCAAAAUCUAAUAAGUCAACCUUUAGCUGGCUGCAGUUGUGUAGUUAUAGAUUGGGAAGGUCGAAAGGUAGGCCUGAUGGGUUUGGCUGAUGAAGAUUGGCUGGAAACGAUGGCUACAGUGGAAGCAAGUGAUGUCACGUACUCUGAUUUUGUUGUCCAAGCCAAGCAAACGGCUAAUCAACUACGACGUGAGGGUGCUGAGAUUGUGAUUGCACUCACUCACAUGAGAAUGUCAAGUGACACCAUCCUUGCCGAAAAAACUCAGGGUGUGAUUGAUUUGGUACUUGGUGGUCGCAACCAUGCAUAUGAAACAAAACAGGUUGGCGAUAUUUUGGUGUGCAAGAGUGGAACAGAUUUUCGAGAAUUUAGGGAAGUCACUAUUGAUUUUAGUAGUGGUGGAAAGCCUCAUAUUGAGAGCUUCAGACGUGAAGUCACAUCUGAUAUCCCAGAAGAUGAAGUUGUGAAAGCUGCCUUGAGUAAAUAUCAAGACGCACUAGAGCAUCAGAUGGAAGAAGUACUUGACACCAUUGAGUUUCAACUUGAAGGCAGAUUUACUAAGAUGAGAAAAUGCGAAACAAAUCUUGGAAAUCUGAUUGCUGAUGUCAUGAAGCAAGUCACUCAUGCAGAUGUUGCUCUUAUUAAUUCAGGAGCAGUGAGAUCUGAUGCAACACAUGGUCCAGGAGAAAUCACACUGAAAGAUUUGUUGGCAAUCUUGCCGUUUCAGAAUACAGUGACUGUGUUGGAGGUAACAGGCUUACAGUUGAUUUCCAUCUUGGAAAAUGGAGUUUCACAGUACCCAGAACUUAAAGGACAAUUUCCUCAAGUGUCUGGUGUUAAAUUCAGUUUUGACCCUUUAUGCGAGCCACACAAUCGUGUUUUGAAAGACUCUAUUUUGAUAAAGAAUGAGCCUUUGGAUGAAACCAAGGCAUACAAACUAUGCACAAUAAUGUACUUGGCAUCAGGAAAGGAUGGAUAUGAUAUACUUGAACAUGCCAAAGUGCUGUUGUCAGAAGAAAAUUGUCCUCCUCUACCAGUCAUCAUACAAAAUCACUUCAACUCAGUGGCAAUUCAACGAGGAGUCAAGCAUUGCAAACGAAAGCACAAACAGAAUCCCAACUUACACUCAACCUCUGGAGAUGCAGCAACAUAUUUCUAUCCAAAGGUAGAAGGAAGGAUUACAGCUGUUCAUAAGGAACGAGAAGUGGAGGUUUCUAUUGAGAGAGACUUAAAAAAUGUUGAUGGAGCAGUGGAAGCAACUGUCACAAAUCUGGAAACAGAUAAGGCUGCAGAUGAAGCCAAAAUCGGUUCCAGUGAGCAUGAAAAGGAAAUCGUGGCAGAACAUCAAACUGGGGAAACAAAGGAUACAGAAACACAAUGUGAAAGUGACAGUCAUGUUCAAGGAUCUCCACCUUCCAAUGAUGCAGAACACAAACAUGAAGGUCAAACAGCAAGUGAGCAAGAUGAUACUUUAACUGAAUUGAAGUCAACAGCUCGAAAAGGACCACCAGAACAGAUCAGUGAAACACAAGCCAAGCAGGAGCCAUGUCACAUAUCACCACCAUUAAAGAGAACAACAAGUCAACUGAAAGCUGUUGAAAUCACAGAAGUCUCAUCUGAAGAUGAAAUGUAUGCUCUGUGGGAAGCAGUGAAAAGCAACAACAUUGAUCAGGUAAAGACAUUGAUCAAGGAAGGAAUCAACCCAUCACAGCUGGUGGACACACGAACAGUCCUACAUUUAGCUGCAGAAAAAGAUCUUGUGGAAGUUGCCACAUUCUUGCUAAACAUAUGUAAGGUUAAGCCAGACAUCCAUGAUGAAGUAUUGCAGUCAACUCCCCUUCAUAUUGCUGCUGAUGGCGGACCAGAAGAGGCUGAUUUUGGCUCUGCAGCUGUGGCAGUGCUUUUGCUAGACAAGGGCGCCAAUAUCAAUGCUGUUGACUUGCUGGGCAAUACCCCAUUACAUUUGGCAUGCAGCACUGGACAAGACAAUGUGAAGAAACUCCUUCUGGAACGAAAUGCCGACACAACAAUCAAGAACAGUGAUGGAGAAACACCAGCUUUGUAAUUCUCAAGUACGUAGUCACUACAUAGAGAGCAUUAUAAACUCAACUGUAGAAACAUAGAGAUAUAUUAUAAUUAAGUUAGAAAUCUUCAUUUUAGAGUAAAAAGCUCUAGUGUAGUUUAGUAUUGUUUAAUAGUCAAAAUCUCUUAGAUUGAAUUCCAA